UGGACGUCUCCAUGAAAUGUACAGUUAAUUAGCCAAGUUUAAUUCAAAGGAUUGAUAUAAAGCGACGUUCGAAUACACAUAAACAUGACCUCAAAGGACGACGCGUCAAAAUAUGAACUGUUGCGUUUGAUUUAUCUACAUCUCAAGGAGAAUGGUUACCAGAAAGCUGCUAACGUGCUGAAAAAGCAUGUUACUCAGAACGAAACGACAGCUGUGACGACGACCCUCCAUGAUAUCUACACGAGUUGGGCUCAAGCGCCUGAUACUGUGAAGCUUAAAGAAGAGCCAGAUGCAGAUGUGAAGAAGGCAGACGCUGCUGGUGACACCAAGACACUGAAAGAAGAUGCAGAGUUGGCAAAAAUUGUACCAGAAGAGAAAACAGAAGAGAAGACAGUUGAGGCAGCAGAGACCAAGCCCAUUAUCAAGGUGUCUGUUGCCCCUGAAAGUGAGCCAGACCCCGCCCCUGUUGAAUCACAAGCCCCCAAGAGCUCAGACAGCGAGCCCAAAAAGGAAGGUGAUGCUGAUGCGGAUGAGCUGCAGAAACCAGCCCCCCAGAACUCCAUGGUUCCUCCCCCAGUGACAGCAAGUGAUGCCACCAUCAUCCAGGAUAAACCCACUCCCAAGGCCCCCCCCUCGGGGGCGAAGUCUACAACCUCAGAGAGCGAGAGCAACGAUGACUUGGAGGAUGAGGAGUCUCCGCCACAACAGAAUGCCAUGGUGACCCCCAAUUCCAACACUGUGUCAGCGACCGUAAGAAAGGAGGCGACAGCAGCCACCCCUGUCCCGGCCGUAGCUCCCGCAAAAAUGGCAGAGAGCUCCGAGAGUGACAGCCAGUCAGAGAGUGGAGACGAGAUUCCACCGUCUCGGGCCACAUCCAGCAAGCCUCCAGCCACACCCACAGUGCUCAGCAAGCCUCCAGCCACACCCACAGUGCCCAGCAAGCCCCCAGUCACACCCAAAGUGUCCGGCAAGGCUGAGAGUUCAGACAGCGACAGUGAGGAUUCAGGCAGUGAGGAGGAGACACCUGUACAGAAAAAGGUAGCCACCACAAAGAACACGCCCAGCAAGGCCCAGGCCACCCCCACAGUACCUGCAAAGUCCCUGGCUACGCCCACAGCAUCCAGCAAGGCUGAGUGCUCAGACAGCGACAGUGAGGAGUCAGACAGUGAGGACGAGACACCUGUACAGAAAGGAGUAACACCAAAAGUUACAGCUGGAACUCCGGCCAAGAAGGCUCCAGCGAAGGGGGCGUCUGCACCUCCAGCCAAGCCCAGCCAGCCCACCCCCAGCCAGACCAAAGCUGCACCCAAGUCCCCUGCUUCGGGGAAGAAGGCUGAGAGCUCAGAGAGUGAAAGCACAGACGAAUCUGAGAGUGAGGAGGAGGCUCCGCCACAAAAAAAAGCCACUGUGACCCCCAAAGCUGGCUCCGUGCGUGCAGCUCCUGCAGCAGCUAAGCCCAGCAAGGCCACCCCUGUCCCAGCCACAGGCCCCUCAAAAACAGCAGAGAGCUCAGAGAGUGACAGCCAAUCAGGCAGCGAAGAUGAGACUCCUCUAUCUCAGAAGAAGGUAGUCACCACAAAAGCUACACCCAGCAAGACGCCGGCCUCACCCAAAACAUCCAGCAAGCCCCCGGCAAAGCCCACAGCUUCCAGCAAGGCUGAGAGCUCGGACAGCGACAGCGAGGACUCUGACAGUGAGGAGGAGACACCUGUACAGUUACAGAAAGCAGUGGUAACACCAAAAUCUACUGCUGGAGCUCCAGCCAAGAAGACUCCAGCAAAGGGGGUGUCUGCAAUUCCAGCCAAGCCCAGCCAGCCCACCCCCAGCCAGACCAAAGCUGCACCCAAGUCCCCUGCUUUGGGGAAGAAGACUGAGAGCUCGGAGACCGAAAGCACAGAUGAAUCAGAGAGUGAGGAGGAGCCGCCUGUCAAGAAGAAGGUGACUCCAGUUGCCCCAUUAAAUCCAGCGGUUAUGACAGCUCCAGUCAAGGCCAAGGCCACGCCCAAGACCACACCCAAAGCCAUGCCCAAGGCCCCUGCACCCCCCAAGGAGGUGGAGAGCGAGAGUACAGACUCAUCAGAUAGCGAGGAUGAGGCUCCAGCCAAGAAGGCUCCAGCCAAGGGGGCCUCCGCACCUCCAGCCAAGCCCAGCCAGGCCACCCCCAGCCAGGCCAAAUCUGCACCCAAGCCCUCUGCUUCAGGGAAGAAGGCAAAGAGCUCUGAGAGCGAAAGCACUGAUGAAUCAGAAAGCGAGGAGGAGCUGCCUGUAAAGAAGGCAGCAUCGGUAACCCCAGCAAAGCCAGAGGCCACGCCAAAAGGUGCACCCAAAGCCACACCCAAGCGCCCCGCCCCCAAGGAAGAAGAGGAUGAGAGCUCAGGCUCUUCGGAAAGCGAGGAAGACGAUGUAGCAUCGAAAGCAGCAGCCGCUCCCACACCAAAGGCAGCUGCUUUGGCUCCAGCAAAGGCCACGGCCACGGCCACACCCAAGCCCUCGGCUCCUGCCAAUAAGGAGAGCAAGAGCUCUGAGUCCUCCAGCAGCGAUGAUGAGACCCCAGCAGAGAAAUCAGAAGCAACUUCCAAACUAAAGGCCGUGCCAGCCACGCCUGAAGCCACGCCCCCGGUCACACCCACAGCCACGCCCAAGGUCACAGCAGAGAAUGAGAGCGCAAGCUCUUCGGACAGUGAGGAUGAGGCUCCACCCAAGGAGAAGGUUGCGGAGAGUGAGUCAAAGGCAGUGCUGGUCACGCCUGAGGCCACACCCAAAGCCACACCCAAGAACACUGUGCCUUCAAAGGAGGAGGACAGCAACAGCGAGGACUCUUCAGAAACUGAGGAGGCUCCCCCUGCUGCUGUGAAGACUCCCGUAGCCAAAGAACCUGCUGCUGCUGGUUCCACGGCCACACCCGCCUCACCUACCACAGACAUGCCUACCGCACCUGACAGCAAGGAAGAGGAGGGAGACACGCCCACCCCUGCUCAGGAAGUACCAGAAUUGAAGCUCUCGGAGGUCACCCUGCCAGAAGGGAUGGCCCCAGACUCUGCUCCAACUGUCCCUGUGCCACCCAUCCCAGAGGACAGCAGCCCCGGCCAAGAGGAGGACUCCCAGUCUCCUCUAGUCCCCGAGGCUCCACCACAGAAAUCUGCAUCACAGGGCAAGAAGAAGAAAAAGAAGAAAGGUGCUGCCCCCUUUGGGGACGAGAGUGCCCCCCCUGCUGCCCUGGAGAAGGGUAAGAACAGCACACCCUCUGCACCUCCCCCAAAGGGAUCUGAUCUGGAUGCCUCCGCAAUCGAUCUGGAUGAAUUAAUUGCAGACGCGCGCAAAGCUGCUGAGGCCACACCCACAGGAAAUGACACAUCUGAGAGCGGAAGUAACCUCCCGAAUGCUACAUCAGAGACCUCACAGCCUUUACCUGAGGCUGUGCCUGUUGAGGCCCCACCUGCAGAGACUGUCCCUGUAGAGGUGGCACCAGUAGAGACCCCCCCUGCAAAGGCCCCAUCGGGAGAGACCCCCCCUGUAGAAACCCCAGCAACAGGAGCAAAGAGGAAAAGAGGCCAGGAGACCACAGACUCACCUGCUAAGAAGAAGAAGAAGAAAAAGAAGAAGGAAAAGGCUGCCCCCCCACAGACCGAGCCUGUGAACGAUGAGAACGAGCCUCCAUCACAGCCCGCUGCCCCUCCACCAGAUAAAAAAGUGGCAGAGUUGGAGGCUACUGUGAACUCUGAUUGCACUACCAUCAUCCUGUCGGCCAAAACCUUGAAGAAAAAGAAGAAGAAGAACAAGAAAAAGAAGAAGAUGAUGAUGAUGGCAGCGAACGAGGAGGUGGUGGGGAAUGGCACACCCAAGACCCCUAAAACAGAAAAAGCCACAUCAAAAAAAAACAAGAAAGCCACACCCCCAGCAACAGUCCCACAGGAGACUUUGGUCACAGCCAACCAAUCGGGAGCCUCGUCUGGAACCCCAGGUAAGGGAGCCCCCAAGGCCACCCCUGGCAAGAGGCCGUUCUCCGCCGUGGCCACCCCUGAGCAGGACGGACAGGAGGCCCCAAAGAAGAAGAAGAAGAAAAAGAAGAAGCUGGACAAGGGGAGCGCCGAAAGCACCGGCCCACAGACAGAAACGCCAGUGGCUGUGAAGAAGAAGAAGAAAGACAAGGAGAAGAAGAAAGCCAAGGAAGGGAAGCCAGCGCCAGAGAUCGCUGUGGAAAUUACGCCUCCCUCCUCGGAGACAAAAGCGAGCCUCUCAUCAGAGAAGAAGAAAAAGAAGAAAAACAAGCUGAAGGAGAAGAAGGAGAAAAAAAUGCAGAUAAAGAAGACUCCUUUCAAGGCCUCACCAGGGCUCAGUCCUGAUAGCCCUUCCUCUCUGGGGACCAGUCCAGCGCUGGCCAAGAACACCCCUGGGAAGAAAAAGAAGUCCCCCAAGAACAAGUAGCCCAGUUGGAUUUUGGGGGCGUUAUCAUCUGUCUGAAGAUCCAGGAGCUGCUAGCCAGGUAGAAAGGACCAUUGCCAGGGUUUUUUUCCUCAGAGUGGAAAGGCAAUUUAGCAUUUUUUUUUAAUAAUUAUAAUGAAUUCAUACUUACUUCAUAUGUCUUAUGGGGAAAGCUCAUCUCUGUUUGCUUGUUAGUUCUCUUUUUUGUUGCUGUUUUUAACUGUGACCAUGACAUUCUGUGAGUUUGUGUUGGUUUAAGUUUUUCUGAAGGGGGUAUAGAGUCGCGGUGACACACUCAAGCCUGGAACAUUAAAAAACGAUGAAUUUCACAAGAGAGUGACGACUGAAGGCAUCUGCUGUGUGUUGUCACUGGUGUUGAAAUGUGAAUGUUUAUAUUUCUGAUUCAUAAAAAUGGGGAACACUGGUCGUACACAACCUCCUCUGUCCUGAGCAUGCUGCUCAUAUUGCAUUGUACACCCCAUUGCUGAGUCCUGAAGCCCAUUUUUAGUUUUUAUCUUAAGAGCGCAUCUCCACAGAGAAGUAUUAAUGUGAGGACUGAGGGGGUUACACUGAUGAUGGAUAACCUCACUGCAGUGGUUGUCAGGGAAUUUUUCAUGAGUUCUGUGUUUACAAACCAACCUUUCAGUCUCAAAAAGC